CCGGCUCGGGUUGCUAUAGGGGCCAGGGUGGCCACCACCUCCCCCGCCGUGCGGUGCCGUGUGCGGUGACCCGCGGGCGGGCAGAGAGCCGCGCAAUGCCGCGGGGUUGCCGCUCCGGGGGUGAGGGCUUCACCGUGCCCCACGAGCCUCACUCCGGCCUAGUCCCACGAAGGCCUGCGCAUCCCGGGACCGAAGCCACCGCUCUGCCGGCCCGUGACGGAGACGGAGCGUGAGGCGCGGCGGCAGGGCUCGGGACGUCUGCGGGCUCUCUCGGGGCGUCGGGCUCAGGGCCGCCACCGCCACCUCGGCUCGUGCCGGCGCCGUCGUCUCUCCCGCCCACACCUCGCCAUGUCCGAGGAGCUCUCGGAGGCCACGUCCUACACGGAAGACGAUUUCUACUGCCCCGUCUGUCAGGAGGUGCUCAAGACGCCGGUGCGGACCGCGGCCUGUCAGCACGUUUUCUGUAGAAAAUGUUUCCUGACUGCAAUGAGAGAAAGUGGAAUACAUUGUCCCCUAUGUCGUGGAAGUGUGACUAGAAGAGAAAGAGCAUGUCCUGAACGGGCCUUAGAUCUUGAAAAUAUCAUGAGGAGGUUUUCUGGUAGCUGCAGAUGCUGUUCAAAAAAGAUUAAAUUCUAUCGCAUGAGACAUCAUUACAAAUCUUGUAAGAAGUAUCAGGAUGAAUAUGGUGUUUCUUCUGUCAUUCCAAACUUUAAGAUUUCUCAAGAUUCAGAAAGGAGCAGUAAUAGGAGUGAAACAUCUGCAUCUGAUAACAUGGAAACUUAUCAAGAGGAUACAAGUUCUUCUGGGCAUCCCACCUUUAAGUGUCCCUUAUGUCAAGAGUCAAAUUUCACCAGACAACGUCUAUUGGAUCACUGUAAUAGUAACCACCUAUUUCAGAUAGUUCCUGUGACAUGUCCUAUUUGUGUGUCUCUUCCUUGGGGAGAUCCUAGCCAGAUUACUAGAAAUUUCGUUAGUCAUCUAAAUCAAAGACAUCAGUUUGAUUAUGGAGAAUUUGUGAAUCUUCAGCUAGAUGAGGAGACCCAAUAUCAAACUGCUGUGGAAGAGUCUUUUCAAGUAAACUUGUGAUGUGUAUAGACAUCUGCCUCCUUGCAACCUACAAGUGCCAUCUUUAAGGAGAAGACAAAGUCACCGUCUUCAGUAAUUUGCUGUGCAUAUUAAUAAAAAUAAUAAUUCAGUCUACUA